CACAACAACACAAUAAUAUACGCAACUAUGGAGAAGAAAUCGCCAAUUGUUCAGCUCCCCGCUGGCGAGGAAACUGUAACUGUCAAACUGAUCAAUGCCGUCAAUUUUGGACCAGCAGUCCUGAACAGGUUCAUGGCACCACCUGUGCCUAGCGUGACAACACACAAGACACACUCGCCUUCACUAUGCUUUCUUAUCGAGCAUGGCUCUGGCCGUAAAUUGGUCUGGGAUCUAGGAAUCCGAAAGGAUUUUAACAAUUAUGCUCCGACCAUUGCGAAUUACAUACCAACGACAAACUACAACAUUCAGGUCAAGGUGAAUGUCAUCGAUAUCCUGGAAGAGAACGGCAUACGCGGCAAUGAAAUCGAGGCCGUCAUUUGGAGUCACUGGCAUUGGGACCACAUUGGCGACCCGUCUACUUUCCCACCCACUACUGACCUCGUAGUUGGGGCGGGGUUCAAAGAAGCUAUGCUUCCAGGUGCCCCAGCAAAUCCCGAAUCGCCCAUACGUGAGAGUGAUUACGCUGGUCGUACCCUCCGUGAGAUUUCAUUUGACGGCCCGAACUCUCUUCGGAUUGGCCGCUUCCCAGCUUUUGAUUAUUUCGGCGAUGGCUCUUUCUACCUCCUAGAUAGCCCCGGACACGCCGUCGGCCAUCUCUGUGGACUUGCACGAACAACCACUGGCCCCGAUACUUUUAUACUCCUAGGUGGUGACGUCUGUCACUAUCCUGGGAUAUUUAGACCUUCCGAGCAUCUACCAGUACCCGAAUCAAUCUCGCCGCAUCCUUGCAAUCCACAAAGCGACCUCCCAUUCUGUCCUGGUAGCGCUUUUGACGAUCUUCAAAAAUCAAGAGGUAGGAAACCUACAGAUACUCUCUACGAUAUAACCUAUGGGCUUGAUAUACCGCUUGCAACUACUACAGUUGGGCAUCUGCAAGACCUUGACUGCAACGAGAACGUCUUUGUUAUCAUUGCUCAUGACGGAUCAGUACGAGAUGGUGUUGAUCAUUUCCCCAAGAGUUUAAAUGCAUGGAAGGAGAAGGGAUGGGGCAAUAUGCUGAAGUGGGCAUUCUUUAGAGAUCUGGAACCUUAUUGGAAAACGGUGGGAUUGGCCUAGCUAUAGUGUAACCAGAGUUUAUACCAUUCGCAAUAUCACA